AUGUCAGUACCGUUAGACUUCGUACAGAUCAAAAGGAAACGCAAAAGGCCCCCUGCAAGGGUCUCUGUUGAUCCUUGCUUGGGCUUUUAUUUGACUCGUGCAGACGUCGAGCCAACGCCGGGUGGUCUGCCGGAUAUAUGCGUCUCUUUGCAAUCCCCUGCCGCCAUCUACUCUGAGGUCCAUUCUCUUUCUAGCGCCUUUGACCAGGAGCCCGGCUUCUCUUGUGUCGCGUCUCCAUUGCCUGCUAUUGCGACUCUUGAAGACGGUGAAGCACAGCCCUCCCAUGAUGGUGGUUUGAAAUCGGCGCCAACGGAUGACAAUGAGGAAGAUGAUAUGCACCGCUCCCCUUGCCUAGACGAAUCUUCGGAAUCUUUAUCUGCUGCCAGUUCUUCGGGGUUUGGACCCGCCUCAAUUCUCGGUGAUCACAGGGUUAUCGAACAUACACGACCCCUCGGGCAGGCUAUAUGCACGCCGGUUACUACGACUGCCCGCGUUCGACGCUACCAUGCGCACCACAAACGAUUGAGAGGCACUCAGCGGUCUAGUCAACCGUGUGACUCUUCCAAUGAGACGAUCAAUAUGGAUGCAAGCUCCUCUUCCGCUACUCGGUUUGCGAAGCGGCCUCGGGCAUCUUGGGAUUCUACUUCUCUCGGAAAGGUCCAAGGAAGACGCUCGUCUAUCCGCAAGAAAAAUAAAAGAAAACAAUCUCCUCACCAUCAAGUCAAAUCCCUGGCUAAAUCAAUGCUCACUGCUGCUGUUCUGGCUCAUGUUGACCUCCCUUCAAAAUAUCUGGCCGAUUAUAAUUUGCACCGGCGCCCUCUGAAGUUUACGACUGACCUAGACAGCAUGUCUGCUCCUCCUAACCAGAAAAUUGGGCAAAACAUUCGCCCGUCAGCCUGCUUCCGUCCGCCAGCUCUUCGAAGUUCUGACUUUAUGUACAAGCGCAACUCGCCUUCUGUGAAGAAGGUAUCUAUGCCUAUGUCGCAUUGGUCUUUUCACCCGACUAUCGAAAGCGCAGAAGAGCGAGCUGCAGGGAACUCUUCGCACGCGAAGGACGAUGGUCAAGUACGGACUUCUGGACCAAGCACGCGUGUUCCUCUUCAAUUCUUGCCAGUGAUGAGUGAUCCAGACAACCGGUCCCGGCGGGAUACUCACCUCGCAGGACGUCGGAAAUUAACGCUAUCGUCGGUCUCCCUGCCUCGAUCCGCUCAUGUAGGGUUUUCUCCGCCAGCAGACUUGAAAGACGUGGUUAUAACCUCGGAUGUCGGAUCUGAGGACACUGGCAUCAAAGUUCUCGACACGGACGAAGAAAGUAGUGGCCCUAUAUCCGACACCAUGUCUGCUCCUCUUAGCAGGACUGUGGAAAAUCUGCACCAUCAGCUCGAUCCUCUCCAACAUGAACCGAACAACACUGAGCAUGAUUUACAGGAGAAUGCCCGUCCGGCCGAGUCUGCGCCCCGGGCGAACUCCUGUACCGUUGCAAACGAGCAGGAUCCUGCAGCUGCGGGUCCUGGUGCCUCGUUAUUCCUAUCUUCGAGGCAGCCUGCUAUCCCGUCUUCACAGAUCCCCAAUGUGCCGAUGCCGUCUACGUUCAAGCCGUUGAAACCUCUCGCCUCGUUCUUUGAAGAGUUUAUGCGCACCGCCCGAGCUCUCAACGAGACCGAGUCUCCUCCGAAGGUUCAGGACAAGAAGAGAGGUCGGAAAAGAGCACGCAAGACUGACUUAUGUGAUUGA